AUGGCAACCGGGGAGACCCGGUGUAACCCGGGCGAGUAUGAGGUUACCAGCCUUUGCCGCUGCAGCAAACUCUGCCCGGCUGGCUACUAUGUCAGCAAAUACAUAGACCAGGCCCACAGCGUUGGAGAAUGCAGAGAGUGCGAGUCUGGAAGCUUCCGGGCCCACCCCAGUGAGGAGAGCAGCUGCGUGCCGUGUUCCCAGUGCCGGGAGGAUCAGGAGGUGGUGACUGAAUGCUUCCCAACCAGCGACCGGCUAUGCCAGUGCAAGCAGGGCGGCUUCUACUGCGAUUCCAUGGACUGCACAGAGAGCUGCUUCCGGUGCAAAAGGUGUGAAGACAGCACCAUCCUUCAACCCUGCAACGCCACAAGGGAUACAGUUUGUGCUGUAAAAAUUCAUCCAGAGGCUGGAGGGAUGAGCCUGUCGUGCCUCCUGCCGGGGAGGUUCGUGGCGACAGUCAUCAAGAGAGCACUUCGGGGCCUGGAGAAUGGCGGUGCUGCCACCACGCCCAAGAGCAGCACGUCACUUGGAUGGGGAAACCUAAAGUGGUUGUGGAUCCCCUUUGCUGCGACCGUGGUCCUUUCCAUCACCACGGCCAUCAUCAUCGCCGUCACUCGCCGCUGUAGCAGAAGAGAAAAUCCAGAGGAGCCAGGCAGCCCUGUAAGUAUCACCCUGGGAUUUGUCCAGUGA